UUUUUUAAAUUGUCGAUGUUGCAUAUUCAUUAUGUUUUCACAACACGUGGCUACUGCGUAAAGUGCAACGCAAACGUUUGUCGUGCGCACGAGCACCUCACUGUUAAGACUCGGACCAUUCUCAAACAAAACUCUACAAAAUGUCACAAUCGAUCCUGAAUGAAUCUAGUCCAUACGGGUUAGGUACGCCGCAUUCAUUCGACCAGCUGCAGUGCGGACAAGUCUGGUUCGACAGCGAUGUUGAAGAGGUGCGGCCACCAAGCCCAGAGAGAACCAUCACUAAAAAGAAAAGUGUUGCGACCAGACAGUCCAGAAAACGGCGGGCGGAGGAUGACUCCACAACCUCUUACGUGAUGAGCAAAUCACCGCGACCAGGACAUCGGCUCGUGAGAAUUGAGGUUGUGGAUCUGAACAGCAGCACUAGUGACAGUGAGUGUGUGGUGCUAAAAGCACAGUACGUUGUGACGCAUCCGGUAGAUGAAAUAAUAGACAUGACGGAAAACCUCGUGAAAAAAAUAACAAAGACUAUGUGUAGCUCUUAAGUAAUUUUAGGUUUAGUUU